UGUCGGCGAUUUGUUUGCGAAAUGCUUUGACGAAACUGAAGUAAAUAAAGGAAAUUAUAUAUGCGCAGCUGAUAAUAGCAAAUAGUUAGUUGACGGAUUUGAUGGAGAGUUUUACAGGUUUCUAUGAGUGAGGCAGACGAUUGAUCUUUAGGUUGCAAGAUGAUGGAAAUGUUUUCUUUGAACGUUGUGCUCCCAGUGGCUGGUAUCGCUACUUUGAUGUUUAUUGUAACUUUAGUGUUCUGCUGCUAUGUUUGGAGAUUAAACAAGAUGGCAAACAGAGAGCUUGGAUACAAGAUGAUACAAUAUAAAGGAUUGCAGAAGAGGACAAAGAGUGAUAUAUGUGCAAUAUGUUUAGAAGACUACCGAUGGAAGGAAAAUGUAGCAUUAUGCAAGUGCAAUCAUGCAUUUCAUAAGAGAUGUCUAGAAGAUUGGCUGUACUUGCGAAAUACGUGUCCGGUGUGUAAGACGACAGUCCGGGCGUUCAUCCGGUCAUCACAGAAGCCGCUGCGGAGACCUCACUACACACAACACGAACAUGAGCGACAAGUGGCUACCGCGGAGCGAGCCAUGCAGGUGGAGCCACCGUCGCCAGCGGAAACGCAACCGGUCCUUCAUUCAAACGUGCAGAUAGAAGUCGUAUGAGCGGGAAAUGUUUUUAUUGCAAUUGUUAUCGUAUUUCCAAGCAGCACCUGGGUUUGUCGAGUGAAAUACCUCGAUGGGACGCGUCCGAGGUAAACAUGUAGACGGUUACAUGUAUGGCAACAGUUUGUUUCACCCAUUUUGGGAAAAAUAAGUUUAUACAGUAUUACUGUCACAUACAUUUAAAUGUCUUUGUCUGGAGUUGUUUCAGUCAGUGGGACUGUUACCUUCGUAAUAAUUUGUCUUGAUAAUUACUUUGUAUGACAAGUUGCAGAAAGUGUGUGGAUGCUAUUCUAUUCAAUACAUACAAUACUUUAUAUAAUUCUACAUUAUAAAAUAAUAAUUAUUUUGCCAAAUUAUAUCAGCCAUAAUUUAUUUCUAGUCAGUAUCGAAUUGAAUCCCGAGUAAUUAUUUUUUAAGUGUUUUUCUUGUAUUGACGCCUUGUAUUAUCCUAUAUUAUAUGUCUUUUGUUGUUUAGUAUACACUCGAAGUUGGUGUUUCUUAUAAUGUGCAUGCUAGGUCAGCACAAGCCAACCUACCUAAAGCUGGGUUUACACUACCAACUUUAUGUUGACGAAUUGGACCAAUUUCGCAAUUCGGCAACUCCGAGUUGGUGAAAAUAGAUCAUGUUCUAAUCUCCAACUAGUUGCUAUCGAUCGGUUGGUCGCGCAACUUUUGCGUUUACACUGCCGAUUGUUGGUUGUAUAGUUGGGAAGUUGGUCCAAUUCGCCAAUUUGCCAACACAAAGUCGGUAGUGUAAACCCAGCUUAAUACCAAGUCUAAAUAUCUCGGGCAUCUCGGCUAUAUCUAGUGAUUAGGAAUCGAUACAUUUGUUAAACGAGGAAACCCAAAUGAGCAAACAAGUGUGCACACGUACGCCUUGUCGAAUUCUAUAAGUUUAUUAGUUCAACCUGGCUCAUGGUAAAAUCGUUUUAAUUUUGGUAAUUUAGGGAAGGAAAAAUGACACUGUUAUGUGAGAUCGCCUAUUGUGAUUACUGAACACAAUUAAAAGACAAGAAUAUCGUUAAUGAUGGGAUUUAUUUUUCUCAUCUUUCCAAACCAAAGAUUAGAGCAACAAAAUUGUAUGGUUGUCCCUUUCAGCUAUAUACUAGGUAUGGCCAUUUUAUGUUCAAUAUAUUAAGCUGGCUCCAGGAGAUUUCAAAUUUGUGAUUAAUCACCUGACGAUAUGAUGGACAUCUUGUAUUUAUAAUUAGUUAUUGGGAUUACCUCUUUCUAAUUAUAGUGUUUACUGUCACUAGCAGUGAGAGCAUACAUCUAGAGCUGCCUCGGAAAUUUCUUUCUUCCAUGUACAUUUUGUAUAUCUUCACCAAGCUCUGUAUCCUAUAUCGGCAUUGGUAAUAAAUAGUUACUACCUGUUACUUAAUCUUGGUGCCACUAUGAUAUAACUGAUAUAAGGCACUGGACGGUAUCAAUUGAUGGUAAUUGCCAAAAUCUAUGCAAUGAAAUUAUUGGUAGACGUGCACUGCAUGCAUAUCUGUUCCCAUAUAAUUAAGUGCUCAUUAACAUUAUUAUUAGUUAGUGUUAAUUGCCUCCUGAUUUAAUACACUGGUAAAUAUUUUCUUUAGCAUUUCUACUCAUAUUGUGCACUUUGGAGUUUGAAGUGUAAGUAAAUGGUAUAUAUAGCUCUUGAUAUAUAUGUAUACAUACAUACUAGUGAGUUCCCACCCAACCGGCCCCUUACUAUCUGCCGUGAAAGGUGGCAAUUGUCUUGUUAGGCGUUUACGUUUACAUGAUACGCGUACAAAUACGCGUUACAAAUACGUGAUACACGUUUUUGAUGGUGUAUCAUUCUGUAAAGUUGCUGCGUACAGCUACAUUCGAAGUGGUACUUUCAACUUUGACGAAAAUCAGGUUUUAUAACUACUUUCUCAUAUGUUGUGAUAUGUUGUGAUAUGUGAUGUUUCAUGUUGACACACUGUGAAUUGGGGCUGUCAACUGUGGUCUGGCAGUUAACUGCCUAACCCUACCACACAUGAUCUGCAGGGAAAUAUAAUGGAAAUAAAUGGUUCUACUUAGAAAGGGAAACUAAUCCCAGAACGUUCUAGGCAGGUUACAUUAAAUUUGUGAUCUUUACUUGACAGGGAAUUUCAGUUCAAUAUGUUACUGUAUUCGAUUUUUUAAAUGCGAAUGAAUACCAGAUUUUCAAAGUUAAAUACAGAAAGAAAGCAUCGUCCUUAUGAAAAACGUAA